GAUCAAGGGAUUCUCUCUCUUGGAGGCUUCCUGAGAGCACAGAUGGAUGAGAAAAACUCAGCUGGCCCUGAAGCAGGAAGAGGCCAUGCCAUCAGAACCGGGAGCAGUGGGGGAUUCUGGGGAAAAACUGUGCAGAAGAUCCUGGGUGAGGAGGACACUCUCCGCUCAGAGGUGCAGAGCCAGCAAUUGAGGCAGUUCUGCUUCCAGGAGGCCAAAGGACCUCGAGAGGUUUGCAGCCGACUCUACAACCUUUACCAUCAAUGGCUGAAGCCAGAAAGGCACACGAAAGCUGAGAUGCUGGACCUGGUGAUCUUGGAGCAGUUCCUGGCUGUCCUUCCACUGGAGAUGGAGAGCUGGGUGAGGGAAUGUGGAGCGGAGAGCAGUUCCCAGGCGGUGGCCCUGGCCGAAGGUUUCCUACUGAGUCAGGCGGAGGAGAGAAAGCAGGCAGAGCAGCAGAGACAGGAUCUGUUUGCAGAAAUGGGCCCAGAUUCCUCUGAGACCAAAAGGACUCGGUUGAACACCAGAGAGAGGCUGCUGGGUGACCAGAUGAUGCCAGCAAGACCUCCUCUUCCAUCUAUUCCUGGUGGUGAAGGAGAAGCAACGGCUGUGGAAGCAGCUCAGGGUCCAGUGUGCUUUGAGGAUGUCACUGUUCGUUUCACAGAUGAGGAAUGGGCGUUGCUGGAUCCUGACCAGAGAGCUCUGCAUAAGGAAGUCAUGGAGGAGAAUUGUGGGAUAGUGGCCUCUCUCAGUAAGGCUCCCUUGUGCAUCAUAAUUUCUCUUUGGAAAUUCCAUGCAUCUCUCUCUGUGAUAAGCCUCCCUGGUUUUGAGGGAGCUCUGCAGGGCCACUUGCAGCACCUGGGAUUCUAA